CAUAGAUGUAACUCCACAACUCUCCUAAACUCUGAUCAAUCAAGCAAAGCUUUAGAAACCCAUGUCCAUGUCAUGAUGAGUAACCAAACUUCUCGCUUCCUCUUUCUCAUCUUCUUCAUCCUCAUCGCCGAACACAACGAAAUCUCCCGAUUCGCCGAAGGAGGGAAGAGGAGGAUUCACAUCACCGACGACCUAGACGACGUCGUCGACGACGAAGAGGACGAAGCAUGGAAACAAUGGGGCAAAAAAUCGCCACCCCCAAGAGCCGAGUUCGACCCUCCUCCCAUGGACUUCUCCAACAUGGAUUUGCCGGAGAUGCAGAACGAAAUGCUCAAGCGCCAGUUAGGUCCAGUAUUCGGCUUCGUCAAGCUUCGAUUGGACGUUGAAACCACUCGGGAUGUUGUGUCUGACAUUGCUAUGAAAUGGACACAACUUGCAAGAACUGGAUCUAUUGAGACGAAGUUUAUGGGUUUCGAUCUUAACACAAUUAUGUUCACUAUGGAAAAAGGCCAAGAUGCUUCAGAGCUUAAAGAAUUUGUUUUGAACCAAUCAGAAGCAUAUGAGAUUAAGAUAGGAGAUCAAGUUUUCCGAAGACCAGGAGACCCUCCUUUAGAAGAAGUUAUUGAGAAGCUCAAAAAUGAGAGACACAAAGAAGGUACCAAUCCCACAAAGGAUGAAGAGCAUAGGAAAGAUGAGUUGUAGUUCAUCCAAAUCCAUUUACCCCACAAACUACAAAAUACCACUGUUUUAUAAUUAUUUUGUAAGUUAUAUUUUAUUUUUUUAGAAUUUCUUGUGAACCCUAAACACUUUAAUUUUGGCAUUUGUUAUAAGAUUGUCUUCAGGUUGAGUCUGACUCCAUUUGAUUCAUUUAAUCAUUUUCAAAUGCAAGUUUGAUCUAUGCAUUGCAUUCUUA